AUGCAGCAUAAUCAAGUUGCUCUGUUUUCUUUCCAACUCCCCUGUUUUAUGCUAAUCUUAACACUAGCCACCGCCCAAAUUAUCCCUUCUAACACCACAUCUCCUCCCACAAACACCACUUCUCCGCCAACCAAUGCCAACACAAUCACCAAAGCUGCUAACAUCACAAAACCAGGAUGUCCAAAACAGUGUGGAAACGUUACAGUUCCAUAUCCGUUUGGAAUUGGGUCAGGUUGUGCCUUAGACCCCAUGUUUGAGAUCGAAUGCAACGUUACAACACCAUUCUUAGGGAAUAUUCAAAUUUACGAUAUCUCAGAUACGGAAAUGCGUAUAACAAAUUUCAUAAAUACAAAGUGUUACUCACAAACAGGAGUUUUAAUUCAAGAUAUUCCUUCUUGGAUAACUUUAGGAAGAUCAAGUCCUUACAGUUUUUCUUCGCUCAAUAGAUUCAUCGUGGUUGGUUGUGAUGAUGGUGGUGUAAUUAGUGGAAAUGACUUCGUUAAUAAUUGCCCCUCUAUCUGCAUAAGCACCAAUAAUAUAGUUAAAGGAAAAUGUAUGGGUUUUGGUUGCUGCCAAAUAACAAUACCAAAAGGGUUGAAAUAUUUCAAUACAACUAUGGUAACGACAAAAAAUCAUAGCUUAAUUUGGUCGUUUAAUCCAUGUGGAUAUUCGUUUGUUGGUGAAGCUAGUCGAUUUGAGUUCCAGGGUAUAGAGGAUCUCAGUGAUGUUAAUUUUGCAAAGAAGAUUAAGAAUAAUGUCCCUAUUGUGCUAGAUUGGGCCAUUGGAAAUCUUUCUUGUGUUGAAGCACAAAAAAGUAACGAUUAUGCUUGCCUCGAUAAUAGCCAGUGUAUUGAUUCUGAUACUGGCAUUGGUGGCUAUCGGUGUGGCUGUAAAUCGGGAUAUAUAGGCAAUCCAUACAUUGGCUCUGGCUGCCAAGAUAUCGAUGAAUGUGCGGAUCCAAAUACCAAUUCAUGUGAAAAGAUUUGCACAAACAUACCUGGGAGUUACAAUUGUUCUUGUCCAGAAGGAUACACCGGUGAUGGCAAAAAGAAUGGUCGUGGUUGUAUUGCACCAAACUCAAACUCAGAGUUCCCAUGGAUCAAGUUUUCUGUUGGUAUGGGAGUUGGUUUUAUGUCCCUAGUAAUUGGGACAACUUGGCUCUAUUUCUGCAUCAAGAAAAGAAAACUCAUUAAACUUCGCGAGAAUUUCUUCCAACAAAAUGGUGGUUUGCUUAUGAAACAACGAAUGUCUUCUCACGAGGGUAGUGUGGAAGCAACCAAAAUUUUCACAGCUGCGGAGCUGAAGAAGGCUACAAACAACUAUGCUAGUGAUAGAAUUCUUGGUCGUGGUGGAAAUGGAAUCGUCUAUAAAGGUAUUCUACCUGAUAACCGCAUAGUUGCUAUUAAGAAAUCUAAGUUUAUGGACGAGGAACAGGUUGAACAGUUCAUUAAUGAGGUACUUAUUCUUACUCAAGUUAACCAUAGAAAUGUGGUGAGACUCUUUGGAUGUUGUUUGGAAGCUGAAGUUCCUUUACUUGUCUACGAAUACAUUUCUCAUGGAACUCUUUACGAGCAUAUCCACAAUCGAAAUGGAGAACCUUGGUUAUCUUGGGAAAAUCGGCUAAGAGUUGCUAGUGAGACAGCAAGUGCACUUUCUUACCUUCAUUCAUCCGCUCAAAUGCCUAUAAUUCAUAGAGAUGUCAAGUCUGCCAAUUUAUUGUUGGAUGAUGUUUACAUAGCGAAAGUGGCAGAUUUUGGUGCUUCAAGGUUAAUCCCUGUUGAUCAAACACAUCUUGCUACAAUGGUUCAAGGGACAUUAGGAUACCUAGAUCCUGAAUAUUUUCGCACAAGUCAAUUGACUGAGAAAAGCGAUGUUUAUAGUUUUGGAGUAGUUCUUGCCGAACUUUUGACAGGGAUGAAACCUAUUUCAAAGGACAGAAAUGAGGAGAAGAAUUUGGCAGAGUAUUUUGUUUUGUCUAUAAGAAGGAAUCAAUUGUUUCAAAUUCUUGAUCGUAGAGUUGUAAGAGAAGGAAGCCUUGAGCAGCUCCAAAAGGUGGCUGAGCUAGUGAAGAGUUGUCUUAGUUUGCACGGAGAAGAUAGGCCUACCAUGAAAGAAGUAGCAAGUGAACUUGAAAAUUUGAGAAAGUUCACCAAAAAUAACCCCUGGGCUAAUGUAAACGGACAUGAAGAGAACGGAGAUGAAUUAUCAGAUCUUUAUACAAUUCCAAUAGACUCUAAUACAGACAUCGACAAUUUCUCUGGACAAUAUAGUUCGAAUUCCAAUACAAAUAGCAGCAAUUUUUCUGGACAAUAUAGUUCAGGUAGUACUUCUAACACAAAUAGCCCAUUGAUCCACAACAGAAGGGCAAUUUGA